UUUGAUACGCGGUUGGUGGGCUAGUUUCUCGACCCCCAACCUCAUUUCCCACUUCACAGCUCAUUCCCCGUUGUCUUCCUUCCAACGGUUCAUCCUCAUCGUGCUAUCCUCGUCCGCUCGCCCCUCUCUCCACAGCUUUCAACUAUACACGUCGCCAACAGAAUGUCAGGAGAGCCGACCAACGGUAGCACCAGCGGCUUCGGCAACGGCAGCAGCACCAGGCCCACCUCGACCAUGGACACCGUCGGGUCGUUGACCUCUAUCAAGGUCCCGGUCCCGGAUACCCCCAUCCACCUCGCGGGAAUCCUGCAGUCCACGAACCAUAGCUCCCGCAGGCUCGGCAUUAUUUGCCACGGAGUCCUCGGCCACAAAAACUAUCUCUUUCAACCCACACUCGCCAACAUGCUCGCUCCAUACAUGGACACGUUUCGGUUCGAUUUCCGAGGCAAUGGCGAUAGCGAGGGACAGAUGGGCUAUUCCAACUGGGACGACGACCAAGCGGAUAUCGACGCCGUGGUUGCCCACUUUGAGCGUCAGGGCUACUACAUCUAUGCCUUGAUCGGUCACUCGCGAGGAGCCAUUUCGUCUUUGAACUAUGCCGCGACUUCAGGUCACGUCCCAUUGAUUCCGUACAUUGUCGCCCUCAGUUCCCGUUUUCAUAUGGCGGACGUCAGGCGUAAGCACGGGUCAGAAACCAUGGCUCUGCUGGAAGAGCAGGGCCAUUUUGACUGGCACGCAAGGGCUGCCGGAAAGAAUGUCUCUCUUCGCGUUACUCAGCAACACUUUGACGACUUUCUUAAUUUCGAUACUGCGGCAGUGGCCCAUAUUCCACCCAUGACAAACAUUCUCUUGGUCCAUGGAUCCAACGACGAUGUCGUCCCAGUGAAGGACAUUUGCGAUCUCCAGUCUCAUCUCUCUCAUGCCAGGACCGCUCUGCGUAUCAUCACCAAUGCAGAUCACAAUUAUAAGAAGCAUUACAAGGACGUUUCUCAAACUGUUGCGCACUAUUUCUCAGCCGAGGGCCGCAAGGAGGAGUGGUCGCGACGGGUCCUGCCGAACUGGAAGUCCUGGGUCCAUGCUGUAGGAGGAGUGCUCAACUUCAGAACCGUGGGCGAUAUUUGGAUACCCUCGCCAGCGGAUGGAUUUGUGCAUUAUCUUCGUCCCGGGAUCAUCUAUCGUUGCGCUGACAUAUCUAAACCCACACCCGAAGGCAUCAAGGUACUUGAGGCUCUCAACAUCACAGACGUAUUCGAUCUUCGUUCCAAUUCGGAGACAGAGCGUCGAGGAACCUUCGAGUCUGAGAAGUUGAAACGCCACCAUGUACCAGUGUUUUCAGAAAUCGAUUAUUCGCCGGCGCAAAUCGCUGUUCGAUUCACAAUGUAUCUUGGAGGCACAGAAGGAUUUGCCCAGGCAUACAUGUCCAUGAUGCCCAAUAUCAAGCUGUAUUUCUCGCCAAUUCUGGAACAUAUUGUCAAGAAACGGACGCCGUUUAUUGUGCAUUGCACUGCUGGCAAAGAUCGCACCGGGAUUGUCUGCGCGCUGCUACAGAUGAUUUGCGGAGUAGAUGAGGAGCAGAUUGCCUGGGAAUAUGAGUUGACCAGCCGAUGCAUGGCUAUCAAGGAAGAAGACGUCAAGUUCUUGAAGGCGGCUAUCGGAGGAGAUUCCUCAGAUGAAAAGAUCCGCAGCGUUCUUUCAACCAAUGAGGAGUACAUGUUCAGGUUUUUGGAAGAAUUCCACGCAAAGUACGGGACGAUCAACGACUUUUUGAUGAACGAGCUGGAUAUGACCACGGAGCAGAUCAACGAUGUCCGAGACGCCCUGUUAAUCAAGAUUCCUGUACCUCGUGCAGUACUUUGAAGACUUCUGCUGUCAGAACGAUACAUACCUAGAUGAGGAAAAAAGCAAAUAAAAGGAAGUACUUGCUUGAGUAAG